CUCGUUUGUUGUACUGGUACGGCGUACGUGCGCGGUCGAAUCGAGAAGUUGGAACCCAUCUAAAAAUCCAAUUAAGUUUUCAGGCCCAGGGCUGAGUGAAUCCCGGCGGUUUCAAAAUCCCUUGUCAAAGUGCCCUCAAACGCUCGCAACGAAAGUGUCAUAGAGCAACCUUAUCCUGUAAACAAAGUGUAAAGCGCUCCCAGCUCCACUCCGGAGUUCUUCGCGCUCCACCAGCGCGAAUUCGAAGGACCUGCCCCGUUGCCGUGCUGGCCAUUGAAGCGGCCUGCUGACUCGACGAUUUACUGGAUUUUUCUGCAGAAACACAUCCCUUCAGCAUCGGAUCUGAGUAAUGGUUGUACAAGUGAGAUGACGGCACUGGAAGUGAGAACGAUAAGUUAAGGCGGCGGCGCUGACUAUGGGAACAGAGGCAUGGGCGUGAGCGCUGACCUUGGGUCUCAUCAAUGGUGGCGGGCAUUGAGCCAGCACAGCCGACAACCGCAGGCGCAGCCAGGAAGGCAUCAACGCCAGCUUCUUGCUAGCGGGCUGCCUUCAAGGACUGACACAAUUACUGGCAAAAAGUCGCACCCUGCUCCGCUCGCCAAAUCUUGCUUAGGAAAAUCGACAAGCGGAAAGCGAGAAAGGAGUUCCAGUUGCAGUCCCAUUUCCCGAUGCUGCUAUAAGCCAGAACUCAGCUCCAGAUCAGUGCAAGCACUCUACCUUGUAGCCACCUUGUUUCUGGCACUUAUCGCAACAGAUGUACAAGCGCACAACAUUCCAGACGAUGCCGUUCACAUCACGGCUAUUCUCGGCGAGGGCGUCAUCUUCAACUGCCACGUGGAGUUCCCCAACGACCACCCCGUGCCGUAUGUCCUGCAAUGGGACAAGAAGGUGAGCGAAACGGGCUCGGAUCUACCAAUCUACAUUUGGUAUGAGAGCUAUCCAGAGCACAUCGAGGAGGGCUACAAAGGACGUGUGUCCCGCGUCUCACAGGACUCGCCAUUCGGCUCCGCCUCGCUUAACCUGACCAAUAUUCGAGAGUCGGACCAGGGCUGGUACGAGUGCAAGGUCGUCUUCCUCAACCGGGACCCCAAGCAGCACAAGAACGGUACAUGGUUCCACCUAGACGUACAUGCACCGCCUCGCUUUAGCGUUACACCAGAGGAUAUAAUUUACGUAAACUUAGGUGAUUCAAUUAUACUAAAUUGCCAGGCUGAUGGCACUCCCACGCCGGAAAUACUCUGGUACAAGGAUGCCAAUCCCGUCGAUCCCUCGCCGACAGUCGGCAUAUUCAACGACGGCACCGAGCUGCGGAUCUCCACCAUUCGGCACGAGGACAUCGGAGAGUACACUUGCAUUGCACGCAAUGGUGAGGGACAAGUCUCCCAUACGGCCCGUGUUAUAAUCGCGGGUGGCGCUGUAAUCAUGGUGCCGCCGACCAAUCAAACGAAGCCCGAGGGCGAAAAGGUGAUAUUCUCCUGCGAGGCUAAGGCCAUGCCUGGCAAUGUCACUGUGCGCUGGUUCCGCGAGGGAUCUCCCGUCCGGGAGGUGGCCGCUCUGGAGACGCGCGUCACAAUCCGCAAGGAUGGAUCGCUUAUUAUUAAUCCCAUUAAGCCGGACGACUCGGGCCAGUACCUAUGUGAGGUGUCCAACGGGAUCGGCGAUCCGCAGAGUGCCUCUGCUUACCUCAGCGUCGAAUACCCCGCCAAGGUAACCUUCACGCCCACAGUGCAGUACCUGCCGUUUAGACUGGCCGGUGUCGUUCAGUGCUAUAUAAAGUCUAGCCCUCAGCUGCAAUAUGUCACCUGGAUGAAGGACAAGCGUCUCCUGGAGCCCUACCAGAUGAAGGACAUCGUAGUGAUGGCCAACGGAUCGCUCCUAUUCACAACCGUGAACGAGGAGCACCAGGGCCAGUACUCGUGCACACCCUACAACGCGCAGGGCACUGCAGGAGCCUCAGGCAUCAUGGACGUGCUCGUGAGAAAGCCCCCGGCAUUCACCGUGGAACCAGAGACGCUGUAUCAGCGCAAGGUGGGCGACAGCGUGGAGAUGCACUGCGACGCCACAGAGGCAGAGGGCACUGACCGACCCACUAUCAAGUGGCAGCGGCAGGAAGGCGAGCAACUAUCGGACUCGCAGCGCAACCGCAUCAAGAUCUCCGGCGGCAACAUCACUAUCGAAAACCUGCGACGCGAGGACUUUGGAUACUACCAGUGCGUGGUGUCCAAUGAAGUCGCCACCUUGAUGGCCGUUACCCAACUAGUGAUCGAAGGCACCCAGCCCCACGCGCCUUACAACAUUACCGGCAAGGCCACUGAGUCCUCAAUCACGCUACAGUGGCUGCCGGGGUACAGCGGCGGGUCCGAGUACAAGCAGGACUACACCAUUUGGUUUCGGGAAGCGGGCGUGAAUGACUGGCAGACCAUUUCCGUGACGCCCUCGGGAAGCACGCAGGUCACCAUUAACGGGCUGGCCUCCGGCACCACCUAUGAGUUUCAGGUGGUGGGCCGCAACGUCCUGGGUGACGGACUGAUGAGCAAGGUGAUGAACGUGCGCACACUGGAAGACGCUCCGGCAGCGCCACGUAAUGUCAAGGCUGCAACACAACCGCCCGACUCAUUUUUUCAGCUAAUGCCAGACGAAGCUGACCUAUUAGCCUAUUUUGACAUUUUCUUUCACACCGACUCGCGGGGCAAGCUUGUUUACUCGCCGCCCAAGUUGAUUGUCAAAGGUCCUAAGCCCGGCCCCCCCAGGAAUGUGUCGGUGACGGAGAUCUCCAACGGAUUCCUUAUAACGUGGCAGUCGCCGUUGGAGCGGGCUCACAUCGUCAAGUUCUACACCAUCAAGUACCGGACAGACGCCCAGUGGAAGACCCUCAAUCGGGGUCAGAUCCGGCCGGAGGAGACGCAGUAUCUGGUGAAGAACCUGGUCGGCGGACGCACAUACUACUUCCGGGUGCUGGCUAACUCAGAGAAGUCCUACGAGUCCAGCGACGAGGUGAAGUUCCCUGUGCCGGCACGAGUGAAGCACAAAGCGAUAACCGCCGGCGUCGUUGGGGGCAUCCUGUUUUUUAUUGUUGCGAUCAUUUUAUCGGUUUGUGCCGUAAAAAUUUGCAAUAAACGUAAACGACGAAAACAGGAAAAAGAGUUCAACAUGGUAGCUUGCAGGAUAACGGAUGCUCGUAACAUUGCCGCCAAUAAUCAUCACUUGAACAACCGCAGUACGGGCUCAGUUUCCUCUGGUCAAGUGCCUUUAAAAAAGUACAAACAAACCCGAAUAUCAAGUCUAACCGCCAUUCUUAUUGCCAUUCUUCACUGGAUCUGGCCGCCUGAUCGCUGCACUAACUGCCACUCCAUCUACAGCUCACCACAGGGAGAGGACGCUGACGACGGCGACGGGGGCGGGGCGCAAGCCGGGAGCAGGCGUUCCGUGAGUCGCAUCCAACGAAGUCUCGACGGCCGUUUCGUCGUGGAUAUGAGUGCAUCUAAGCUGGGAUACUCCCACAACCUCGACCCUGCCAGUCAGGACGAGGUUGACGGUAGCUUCUUCGAACGCAGGAACAGUAACGUGUCUCAAAAGUCUUCUAGCGAUGACGGGGGCUUCCUUUCGCGCCGCAACUUUAUAACAGCCCGGGCCUCGUGGCGACGUCCUUUGGUGGCCUCCUCCAGUCAGUUAAGCCUGCAAUCUGCGGCGGACUCCGCAAGAGGUUUUCUCCAGGGCUUGCUCAAAAUCGGAGGUGUAGCUCCUAAACCAACGUACUUUGGCGAGGCGCCGGCCGUCGCAGGAGCCCGCUACCAAAACGUCAUGCGCCCCUACACUACUAACAGCAACUUGUACGGAGACGCGGACAGGAGUAAGCCGUUGCACAUCAGCACCAUCAGUGGGAAUCUCAACCAACCGCCCUACACGCCAUCCAGGAUCUCGAGGCUGUUUUCCAGUUCGCCCCAGCUGCGCCAGCAUCACCAGCCCUUGCUUAGCAGCGGUAGUGGCAACUACCCGACGCACUUCAGUGAUCUAAGCAUGGUGUAUCCCAACACAACUGAGCAGUCAUCGCACAACCUAAGCAACAGGUACAGGUAUUACUCACAGGAGCUGCCAUACCUGCGAACCAUUCAGGAAGAGACCCGCCGUCAGCAGCAACAGCAACUUUCGGUGGACUCCAUAGAGCCGUUUGUCCCGCUCCAGAUGCCAUCGCCCCCAUCCUGGAGGAGCUACCAACUGCAGACACAGCUGACACACCACCGGCCCAGGACUCGCUGGUAUCCCCGCCACUACUCACGACUCUUCGGCAACAACCGACCGCAGCAGCACGAGCUACUCUCGCCCCUGCCCGAUUUAAACCUCGCCCUGCGAAACGGUGGCAUUUCCAUGAACCCCGGUCUGGAGGCCUCUCCUGAGUCGCGUUCCAGUUCGAGCGGGUUUGGAUCAAAGAACACCUCCAAUCACCCCGGAAGUACCAGCGAGUGGAGACUGUUGCCCCCGUACAGAGCCCCUCCAUCACCGCCCAAAAAUCCCGGAUGCUACGAAGCCGGAGUGCAGCUGCAGAGCGGAGAGCAACAGGCCCAAGCCCAGACCCCCCACGGUUCCUACAGCUACAACCUGGGGGCCACCAAUCCGUCGUACACGAUGGCUUACUGGCUGCAGAUGAUCUCAAGACUUAACGCGGCAACCGACAGCAGCCUUCCCAAGGCCUGUCCAGUGGAUGUGGGCAGCGUGGACGGGCACUACGAGUUCGAUCCGUCCACGCCGACCCCCAGCGCCUCGAGCAUGCUGCGCGAAGAUCUCAACCUGCACAUAGAUACGCAGUCGCACUUGUUCCACCCUCCCCACCAUCACCACACCCUGGGCCCCUUAAGCGGGAGUCUGCUGCACAGCCAUGCGCCUUACGGGGCGAGCCGCAAGCCGCGCUCCCAGAACCUGCCGCACCUGCCAAGAUACGACAACGUGGAGGCGCGGCUGCAGGCCAUGCGGGAGGAGUUCUACGCAUACCGCAAGCGGCAGGCCAUGCAGCAGAUGGACAGUGUGUGCUGAGCGUUCGAGAGCCACCGAACUCCUUCACUUAUGCACUCAUUGGCACAGUCGGCCUGCGACUCCCUAGGAGCCGAGCCGCCGUAGCAGUACUCAUGGCAACCAGACAGGAUAAGUGUGAUCGGCAUGGAUCAGGUUCCAAUUCAGAGAUAAACUUUCACAGUUUGGCCCCUGCGAAUUCACAAAAGUCUAGCAAAAUAAACAGAAACCAGAAACAAUUAGUAGAUUUAGAAGGGAAACUAGGUGUGUAAAUACUUUUGCGUAAGCUCUCUCAACGCCCUCUAAAAUAACAAAAGUAUAAGUUAAUAUUUAACAACUAUAGAAAGUAUAGUAACUUAUUAUUACCAGAAACGGAAUAUAUACUCGAGAAGUAUUGGUCAGAAGGAGCAGGGAUUGCUUGACGACGUAUGCAACAAAUUACAGUUACACGUAAUUAUUAUUUACGAGUGUAUUAGAUAUUGAAGAUAUUUAACGUAACACACUGAUAAAAACCAGUUAAAAAUUAAAAGCAUUAAAAAUUCAAACGAAGUAAAAUCCGCAGCGUAAGCGUAAAAUUACGUUACUUAAACUAAAGAUUUACGAGUAAUAUCGAGAUGCUAUAUGUUAGGCAUGCAGUUGUUGACAGCUAUAGCGGGUUAUGAAAUGAAUAGAGUGGACUCAUCGAUGAUGAACCAGCGCUAAGUAGCCUCAAGAUACAUUUUUUCAUAAUACAAUUAUUUAACGGCAUUAAACCUACAAAAUCAAAAGGCAAACAUAGACAAGGCUCACUCACGGGCACUAAAGAAAUAAAACUGCUGCAUAUAUGUUUAAAAUUGACCUACGCACGAUAAUUAAUUUAAAUAAAUAUUUAAUAAUCAAGAAACAAUUAUAACAAAGGGAAACCGAAACCCAAAAGACGUUAAUCUAAGCCAGAAAGUCAGUGCAAAGCGGUCGAUCAGCGAUUCCGAUCAGUUAGGGAAAAUAAUUCUUUUUAGUUUAGGACUCGAAACUCGAACUCUAACUCGAAGAUAAUAUUCACAGUGUUUCUGUUUUUUAAGUACUUCUUAACGACAACUAACAAACACGUCUAAGGAUCAAAUUGCGCAAAGGAUGGUUUGACACAACUUGACGCCAAAACACUGCCAGAGCGAGAGACGCGAGCCGACCUCGUGUGUGUAUAGCGUAUGUAAAUUACAGAGCAUAUAAAGUGUAAUAAUAAAACGUUAAUGAUAAUGAUAACAGUAAAGAUAACGAGUAAACAAGUUCGGGGAGGAGUAUCAGCUCAAGAAGUCUGAUCAGCCCAGAAUCAACAGAAACAAACAACUAAUGAUCUCAAGGCUUUAUCUGCCUUUGAUGAAUUUUGCAAUCCGAAACACAUUCCCGAUUUCCCUUUUUGUAGACUUGACCUUUGUUCCGGUACUUUCAAUUACAAAAGCAUUAUGCCUGAUCACUGUAAGAGACGCUCCGGGGAACUCCGACCAAGAUUCAUAGAACGCUGGUUAAUUCCUCUCAGUUUUUCAGGAACUGUCCUGGUCCGGUUUCGAUUGUCUGGGGGAUCGGAGGCCUUCAUGGGUAGGAAAGAACCUUUGGGGUGAUCCAUUUGGUUCUAGUUCUUUAGUAUCGUUCCGACAAAGUCGUUAAGUAAUUUAAGAACGAAGCAAAAAUGCAGUUUAGGCGUUUAUUUUGUAAGUGUUCAGAGUUUGAAAUGUUCAUUGUUUAAUCCAUGGCGUACCCACACGCUUACACACGCCCACACAAAGCGUUAACUCAAUGCGAAUGAAAUAAAUUAAUUAAUUAACCGAACACUAACGGAAAUGAGAACGAACAGAGCGUCAGUGUAGAAAUGUGGAGCGACAGCUGUAAUUGAUUUUGAAUUGAAUUGAGCGACGAACGACGAGACUUAGGCGCAGGACUCUGAGGCGGAUGGAUAUAUAUGAUUAUUUAUACGAUUAUCAGUAUAUGCGGUAACCAAA